AUGUCGGUCGCACCAACCUUAAACGUCCAGACAGCCUUCCCCGCCGAGGCCAGGGAGGAACAGCCGGGCAGCAUUUUCGCCCACUCCUGCGACGUGACCUGUGCCGAGGCCGAGGCCGAGGCCGAGGCGGGCCCAGGAAAGCCUCCAGAAGGCCUUCCCCCAUGGUUCUACUCACAGCCGUCUGUUGCUGCACAGCCAAAGUCAGAGAUGAGCUGCCAGGCUGUUGGUCAUAACAGGUACCGACGCGGCCUGAGGCCACCACUCAGCGGCUACACCCGACAUACACCCCACACACAGCGGCUGCACCCGGCAAACAGCGGCUACACCCGACAUACACCCCACACACAGCGGCUGCACCCGGCAAACAGCGGCUACACCCGACAUACACCCCACACACAGCGGCUGCACCCGGCAAACAGCGGCUACAUCCGACAUACAUCCGACACACAGCGCAAAGCGGCUACACUCGACAUGCACCCGACACACAGCGAUUACACCCGGUACAUAACGGCUACACCCGGCACACAGCGGCUACACCCGGCACACAGCGGCUAUACUCGGCACACAGCGGCUAUACUCGGCACACAGCGGCAACACCCGGCACACAGCGGCUACACCCGGCACACAGCGGCUACACCCGGCACACAGCGGCAACACCCGGCACACAGCGGCUACACCCGGCACACAGCGGCUACACCCGGCACACAGCGGCAACACCCGGCACACAGCGGCAACACCCGGCACACAGCGGCAACAUCCGGCACACAGCGGCUACACCCGGCACACAGCGGCUAUACUCGGCACACAGCGGCAACACCCGGCACACAGCGGCAACACCCGGCACACAGCGGCUACACCCGGCACACAGCGGCUACACCCGGCACACAGCGGCUACACCCGGCACACAGCGGCUACACCCGGCACACAGCGGCAACACCCGGCACACAGCGGCUAUACUCGGCACACAGCGGCUAUACUCGGCACACAGCGGCUAUACUCGACACACAGCGGCAACACCCGGCACACAGCGGCUACAUCCGGCACACAGCGGCUAUACUCGGCACACAGCGGCUAUACUCGGCACACAGCGGCUAUACUCGGCACACAGCGGCUAUACUCGACACACAGCGGCAACACCCGGCACACAGCGGCUACAUCCGGCACACAGCGGCUAUACUCGACACACAGCGGCAACACCCGGCACACAGCGGCAACACCCGGCACACAGCGGCAACACCCGGCACACAGCGGCAACACCCGGCACACAGCGGCUAUACUCGGCACACAGCGGCUAUACUCGACACACAGCGGCAACACCCGGCACACAGCGGCUACAUCCGGCACACAGCGGCUACACCCGGCACACAGCGACUACACCCGGCACAUCCAUAA